CGGCGUUUUCACGACGGUGCGUGCAGGGGGACGGCGGCGCUUUGCGGCAGGAGCCGUUGGCCGGGGCCGUGAGGGGAGCGAGCCGAAGCGCCGGCACCAUGAGGCAGAAGAAGAAAGGAGAUCUCAGCCAUGCAGAAUUGAUGAUGAUGACGAUAGCGGACAUCAUAAAACAAUUAAUUGAGGCUCAUGAGCAGGGGAAAGAUGUGAAUCUGAAUAAGCUGAAAACCAAGACGUCGGCUAAGUAUGGACUUUCAGCACAACCCCGUUUGGUUGACAUUAUUGCUGCUGUUCCACCGCAGUACCGCAAGGUGCUGGUACCAAAGCUGAAAGCCAAGCCUAUCAGAACUGCUAGCGGGAUUGCUGUCGUGGCUGUGAUGUGUAAACCACAUAGGUGCCCACACAUUAACUUCACAGGCAACAUAUGUGUAUACUGCCCAGGUGGACCUGAUUCUGAUUUUGAAUAUUCAACACAGUCUUACACCGGAUAUGAGCCAACAUCCAUGAGGGCCAUUCGGGCUAGAUAUGACCCCUAUCUUCAGACGAGACAUAGAGUGGAACAGCUGAAGCAGUUGGGCCACAGCGUGGAUAAGGUAGAAUUCAUUGUGAUGGGUGGCACUUUCAUGGCCCUGCCUGAAGACUACAGAGAUUACUUCAUCCGUAACCUUCACGAUGCCUUAUCAGGACACACUUCCAACAAUGUAGCAGAGGCUGUCAGGUAUUCAGAACGAAGCCUCACAAAAUGUAUUGGGAUAACAAUAGAGACCAGACCGGAUUACUGCCUGAAGCGGCAUUUGAGCGACAUGUUAUCCUAUGGCUGCACAAGACUAGAGAUCGGCGUGCAGAGCGUGUAUGAGGACGUGGCCAGAGACACCAACAGAGGUCACACCGUGAAGGCUGUGUGCGAGUCGUUUCACUUGGCCAAGGACGCUGGCUUUAAAGUGGUGGCACACAUGAUGCCCGAUUUGCCAAACAUGGGGCUCGAAAGGGACAUCGACCAAUUCGUUGAGUUUUUUGAGAAUCCUGCCUUUCGCCCAGAUGGAAUGAAACUCUAUCCAACGCUAGUGAUCCGUGGCACUGGUCUGUAUGAGCUCUGGAAGACUGGAAGAUACAAGAGCUACCCUCCCAGCACUCUUGUGGAUCUGGUGGCGAGGAUCCUGGCUCUCGUCCCACCAUGGACACGUGUGUACCGCGUUCAGAGAGAUAUCCCAAUGCCGCUAGUCAGCUCUGGAGUGGAGCAUGGGAACCUGAGAGAGCUAGCCUUGGCCAGGAUGAAGGAUCUUGGGACACAGUGCCGUGAUGUAAGGACGAGAGAGGUUGGAAUUCAAGAAAUUCACCAUAAAGUGAGACCUUAUCAGAUUGAAUUAGUUAGGAGAGAUUAUGUGGCUAAUGGUGGCUGGGAGACCUUCCUGUCCUAUGAAGAUCCAGAGCAGGAUAUUCUCGUUGGCCUUCUGCGCUUGCGGAAGUGUUCAGAGGAGUCGUUCAGACCGGAGCUGAAAGGAGGCGUUUCCAUCGUCCGGGAGCUGCAUGUGUACGGGAGCGUGGUCCCGGUGAGCAGUCGGGAUCCUUCAAAAUUUCAGCAUCAGGGAUUUGGUAUGUUGCUAAUGGAGGAAGCAGAAAGAAUAGCCAAAGAGGAACAUGGGUCAUGGAAAAUUGCUGUUAUUUCAGGUGUCGGCACGAGGAACUACUACAGGAAGAUCGGCUAUGAACUGGAAGGGCCUUACAUGGUGAAGAGGCUGGACUGACCCCCGCAGAGGUCCUCAGCCCCUACCAGCGGUUGGGAGUAGAGAAGAUACGAGGCUCCUCUUGGAAAGAAAGCUCAAGGCGACGGAUGCAAGCUAAAAACCAAAGGCUGCCAGCUGCAAGGUACUUGCUUAUGCCAGAGCCCGUGGUGGCAAAUGGGCCAUCUCGUCUGGGAGGAGCGCUUCUGCUGAGGUCUGCCACUGCCCCGGGAGAGGUCAUGGACGUGCCGCGUGGCCGUUCCCACGCAAGCCUGCCGGCUCUCCAGGACUGGCUCUGAUGCGUUUUAAUAAGCAGGGCUGAGUGUGUAGGUGAACUGAGAGCUCCGAGUGUGGGGGCCUUAUUCACCAGCCGGGUAUGAAAAAUUUCCAUUGUUUUUAUGGCACCGUCAUCAGGCUUUUAAUCUUUGAGCAUCGAAAUUGUGCAGGUUAUUCUGAAACACAAACAAAUUCCUCCUUUGUGCGUCUUUAUUUGCGCUGGCCUGACUCUCUCCUGUUUAUCCCAAGAGGUGCAGUUUAACCUUUUACAGUAGGACCCCAUGAGGAUUGGAAGCCGUUACCUUGCUGGUGGUAAGAUUUGAGAUUAUAAUUUCAAACAAAUCUGUAUGGGGCACACAGUAUUAAAAUAACUGAGGUUGGAAGGGACCUCUGAGGUCCCUAGCCCAGCUCUGCUCAAAGCCGGACCCUUUAACUCAGGUUGUCCCAGGUCCUGUACAGCAGAUGUUUGAAUAUCUCCAAGGAUGGAGAGUCCCCAACAUCUGGGUCCCUGUUCCAGUAUUUGACCACCUGGAUGGUGAAAAAGGUUUGCCUCAUAUCUAGUUGGAGCUUACCAUGCACCAGUUUGUGCCCGUUGCCUCUUGGCCUGUCGCUUUGCACCUCGGAGAAGUCUCCUCCUGGCUCCUCUGCGCCCUCCCGUUAGGAGCUGUAGCGGGAAGAUCCCCCUUUGCCCUCUCUUCUCCAGGCUGUGCAAACCCGGGUCUCCCAGGCUCUCCUUGCACAUCAGGAUGCUUCCUGGUGGGCCUCCGCUGGCCUUGCUCUCCCCGCUCCUGGAAACGGCCUUGAGGACUUGGUCCCUAACUUGCCCGGGACGGCAGCGCGGUGGCCAGUCCAUGGUUCCCCGGCCCCCAUCGCACCCCUCCUCGAGGGGGCACGGAGUUUGCCUUUUCCCCCUUGUCAGCAAUCCCCCGAUAGCCCUGACCUUUCCUCCUGGCCCUUGGAGGAGGAGGAGCCGCGCGGCAAGGAAGGCUCCGGCGGGUGCCCGGCCACCGCCGUCAUCUAUCACUGCCUCCGAGGGCUGCGUGCGGGGUCAGCGGUGCCGACGGCGGCUGACGCACGCGCGGACGGCGGCUGACGCACGGCCGGGCGGCUGCGACACCUGCCUGGAAAGGUUUUAUUAGCGCAGGGAAACGCCAGCAGCCUCUUUUAAGGGCUUCCCAACGAAAACCGCCUUGGGGCUCGCGGGGACCAGCCCCGGUUGCCUCUGUGCCGCGGAGGUCCAGGGCGGGCAGAGGGAUGCUGCUGCUUCCUGACUUGUUAAACUGUUUGGGGCUUUUUCAUCCUCCAAGACACGGUUAAGCGGGAAGCUUUAGGAUUUUGGCACUGUAAAAGCAGAGAUGAAAACAGAUACGUGAAGAGGGGAGGUGAUUCCUGCUCCGAAUCCUUUAAGUUCUCCCCGGAAUUUGGUUUUCCUGGUUGUAGGGCCGUAACUGCGUCGCGGUGACGCUUGUACUCUCCGACAGCCCUGGGCUUGCAGGCAGAGCUCACCGCUGCUGCCUGUCUCCAAUAUCGGCCCUCGGGCAAGUCCAGAAACUACCUGACGUGUUUAUUUUUUAAGGCUGAUGCUUUGAGUUUUCUAGGAGCUUUAUCACAAAAUGAACCAAAUUUUGUGUCUUA